GGGUCAAAGAGCUCAACCCUGAUUGUGCUGCAGCGCCGGUGGCUGUUGCUGGAAGCUGCACAGCGUUAACCCUUUAUCCCAGCGGACAAACAGGAGACUCCUGUAGGGUCUUUGCUGACAGCAGGCCUUAUUACAAUAACAACACCGGCUAACGUAUAAAAACAUGGACUCCCUUUGGUGGUCAAAGCACAGAAGGAGGACUAACAGCAGCUGCCAUCAUGGGAAAGAUCAUCUUCUACCAGGACAGGAACUUUGGAGGCCAGCACCACGAGUGCAUGAGCGACUGCUCCGACCUGCACUCCAAGUUCCACCAAUGCCGCUCCAUCAGGGUGGAGAGCGGCAUGUUCAUGAUCUACGACCGCCCCGGCUUCAUGGGAACGCAGUACUUCAUGAAGAGGGGAGAGUACUCCGACUACAUGAGCAUGACAGGAAUGAAUGACUGUGUCAGGUCCUGUCGCAUGAUCCCCAUGCACAACGGCACCUUCAAGAUGAGGCUGUACGAGCAUUUCGACAUGGGAGGUCAGAUGAUGGAGCUGACAGACAACUGCCCCAACCUCAAUGACCGUUUCCACAUGUCCAACUUCAACUCCUGCAACGUGAUGGACGGCCACUGGCUCAUGUACGAGCAGUCCAACUACAGGGGACGUCACUACUACCUGAGGCCCGGCCAGUACAAGAGCUUCAACGAGUGGAGCGGCAACAACUCCAAGAUCGGCUCCAUCAGGCGUCUCAUGGAUCUCGUGGGAGUCUUCAAUGAGCUGCACGGAUCACACGGGGAAGGCAUGGCGCAAGGCAAACGGGGCAUCAUGGGGAAGAUCAUCUUCUAUGAGGAAAUGAAUUUCUCUGGGCGACAUUUGGAGUGCAGCGAGGACUACGCCGACCUGAGGUGCCUUCUCAAACAAUGCAACUCCAUCCGGGUGGAGAGCGGCUGCUUCAUGAUCUACGACCAGCCCAACUUCAGUGGGAACCAGUACUGCCUGAAGAGAGGAGAGUAUCCCGACAGUCUACUGGAUGGGUACCGACACUGUCUUCUCUGUCGCCUCAUCCCAACCGAUGCCAGGGCGUUCAGCAUGCGCCUGUAUCAGCGGAUCGAGUUCGGAGGGCAGAUGAUGGACCUGGCGGACGACUGUCCGAGCGUGCAGGAACGCUUUCACAUGAACAGCAUCUUCUCCUGCAACGUCACCAACGGAAACUGGCUCUUCUACGAGCAACCAGACUUCCAGGGCAGGAUGUACCUGAUAAGACCCGGAGAGUACAUGAGGUUCAGUGAGUGGGGCAGCAGGAGCGCCCGGGUCGGCUCCAUCAGACGCAUCCUGGACUAUUGAUCUGUUUUAGAGGAUCCAAGAGCUAUAUGGACACAUUGUAAAUGCUUCAUGCUCAGAUAAAGACCACCAAUAGGACAAGAUCCUGUGUGUGACUCUCAGUUGGACCUUUUUCUGUAAAAUUGAGUGAUUCGUCGUGAAGGAUAAGACAAAAUCCUGAGAAAACCUUUGAAAUAUUAAUCGGGAUUAGAACUGGAUACAAGAAAAGCACAGACAACUUUUCUAUGACUUGUUGUUCAAACACUCACCAUGGUAAUAAAGCAUUUGCAAAAUGGAGUCUUCAUAUUCCAUUCAGUUGUGAGCAGGACCUCAAACAUUUCAAAACACGGCAUUAGUUUCACGAUUCAAAGUCUUUAAGUAGCCUUCAAGCUUUUAAGUAGAGAAAGUGCUUUGUAUUGUACCGCAGAAAGCACUGUCCAUUAAAAGACAUAUUUAGAGGAUGGAUUGCUCCACC